AGCGUCUCUAAACCGAAGACGAGGGAAAACCAACUUCUAACUUAUUAGCAACUAGCAAUUUUUAUUCUCAUACUUUAAUAAAACAUUAGUUUCUCUCAUUUUCUUAUAAAAAUAAGCUUAAACUGCUGCAAAUUUUUAAUGUGCGCCCCUUUUAUUAAGUUUAAAUAAGCAUUGACGUCAUACACGUUAGGUCCACCCACAAUAUACAUCACUAGCGUAGCCAUGGCUCACUGAGGAGAGCAUGGGUUUCCUAGCGAUUUUUUCCCAUUUUUUUAGCAGCGUGUUUUUUUUUACUUUUGCUACACUUUGACAUGUUUCUGUUUUAUGUGGAAUUUGUACAAUUAUGUCUUUAGGGGAGGGAUGUUGUACUGCAAACACUGAAGAUGCAGACUGUCCGCAGCUUGUCUCUGACCCGGUACUAGUGUGUGAUUUGAAAAGCAGGAAGCGUAAACAACGAGACAGAAUAACUAGUGAUAAAAAAAGAACCAAACAUCAGCUGUUAACGCAUGAUGCCACAGAAACCAGUACAACAAAUUUUGAUAAUAAUGACAUACAGUCCGUUAAAAAUUAUACAGAUACAGUUGAGUCUAAUGAAUUAAAGAAUGUGCCUGAUAAAAUGGAUGAUAAAAUUGAACGAAGUGCUGAGAAAAACAAACUGACCCCCCAGAAUGUAAAAAGUAUCCUUAGGCAUGUUAUUACAAAUGAAUAUGUGCUGACAAUGGUUCAGAACACUAUGAAAUCUGAGAACAAUGACAGUGAUGAGUUGGAUGAAUCAUCAUUUGAACCCAAGUUAACUAGGUCCAAAGCAAAAGAACUGAGAGAGAAGCAAUAUACGCUUCCUUGGCCAGUUUCCUCUCCAAUAAAGAAAAAAGAAACUCUGUCCAAGAAAAUUUUAGAAGAGGAAUUUUCUGAUGAAAAUUCAUCUGAUGAAGACUAUAAGCCUAAUGAUGAUGAUUGCGCAAGUGAAGAAGAAUUACUACUUCCAAAAUCAGUAGAAUCCGAAUUUACUACUAACCCUGUUAUAAUUUCUGAAGAACUAGCUACAGAUGAAAAUGGCGAUGCUGUAACCAAAGAAACAUUUAAUGAUGAUGGAAUAGCUCUGAGAACCCGCUCUAAAUUAAGCCUUAAUGAUACAUCAUUAGAAGCCAUAGAGGCAUCUUUUGUUGCCCCUGAUAUAACAGUAGAUAUGUAUGAUACAAAUUGCGAUAAUGAAGAAUGGAAAAAAUUUCUCCGUGAACUCAGCAAACCUUUUGAUUCUGAAGUAGUAGUGCAACCACUAGGUGGUGAAGUAGAUGAUGCAGACGAUGAUCCAGAGUAUAAUUUCCUUGAAGAAGAGGAGCCUGAUGAAAUGGAUCUUCAGUACGACAAAAGAAAUGUAAAAAUCACUAGAGAUGAAUUAAGUGAUUUGAUGGCAGAAAUUCUAGAAACAGCCCAACACGAAUACAAUGAUUGUGAUGAGGAUGAUGAAAAUGCUGUAUAUAAAAGCAAAGUUUCUGAUCUUUCUGUUUGGUAUGCCAACGAGCAGAGGACCACAAUCUUUGGUAACCUUACUAUGCAUGACUUUUACUAUUUGAAAAUUUACUGCCAUUUUGGGUGUUUGGACCUUUUGAGGUACUAUGAGAUGCUGAUAACUGAAACACCUUGUGUACCUAAUGUUUAUAUUGAUAAUGUAGAGUCGCAGUGGAUGAAUUUUGAUGAGAGACUUCAGUUAGAGGAACAGAUGCGAAUGUAUGUCCAACUUCUCACCCAGUCAUAUUUGUUGUCAUUUGGAAUUCCUGAACUUACUUACAUAAAUGUAUCUGCAAAGUUAUUUCUGGAUGAAAUCAAAAUGUUUGCAUUACGUGAAAAUGCAACUAACACAACGUCAGCCUUUUAUGCUCAUAAUUUGGAUGAUGCUUUAGGUAUUUUGGAUGAUUAUGAAAAUAAUAGAAGCAGGAUUCAGCUGCGUAAUUCAAAAAGCAAUAAAAGUUCAAGUAAUAAACAUAGUAUGCCUUCAUAUCAAGUGCAGAAGACUAUGCUUGAUAGCAAAGUUUUUAUUUACCCUGAGUUAUUGCCUGCUACUGCAUUUCAGAGACAAAUUCAAAAGAAAAAAACUUAUUACUGUGCAGCAGAGGAUCAUUUGAUUGCUUUGGGCUUGGAGCAAUUUUCGUCCUGUGAAAAUCCUGUGCAUUACAUCAGUUCGCUUUUAGUUCCAACUAAAACAGAGUAUCAACUGAAAAUUAGAAUAAAAAACUGCAAAAAUAAAGUAGACACAGAUAAUCCUAUAAGAUAUUUUCAUGUACACAAAGAAGCUCCUCCUUUGCAGAGAGUAAUUAGAAUAUUUGAUCCACAUAAUGUUAAAACACCUAAAGAAUAUCCCCUUGAUAUCCUGCCAAAAUGGUCGAAAACUCUUUGUUCAAUCUCUCCAUCAUCAAAUAUGCCAUUAAUUGCACCUUCUCAAAAUACCAGUAUUUCGUCACCAGUUGCUGUCAGUCCCAUAGUUUGUAAAGCUCCAGACAGAAAGCGAUACAGUCCCAUUCUGCCUCGUGUUAGUCACAUUUCGCCUCUGAAACAAAUAUCACCUAUUCUUAGAAAAUAUAAUCAACAGAGAAGAAUUAUUCCAGUCAUACCAUUUAAUGCUAAUUCUGCUUGCAAAGUAAAACCUUUAGGAUUUACAAAACGACAAGGUAGGAAACUUCCUAUGUUGCAACCUAAACCAUCUGUACUCAAUUUUGUGGAAACUUCACCAAUUAAAGCACCCGAGCAAAGCAAAACAACAAUACUUUCAAAUCAAAAUUUUUCUACAACUGUUAGGAAUGAUGAGAUAAAUGGUUGCCUUACAAAAAAUACAUCCAUAGUUUGUACUUCUGUUACUACAAAUGCCACUGAGUCAGAAAAGAUUCAGUCAGUUGUGACUGCUAAAAAUAAUGAAUCUCAACUAGCACCAGAGGGAGAAGUUAGUGAAGAACCUGAUGAAGAAGUUGAUGAUGAACAAGACCUAGCUGCUCUAAUGGCAGCUAGUAGUACAAUCUGCAAAAAACAGCAAUCUGCCAGCAAGAAGAGAAAUAAACUUCAAAGAGACUUGGAAGCAUCUUUAACACUUCUUCAACCAAAUUUAAUUGAAAAUGAUCCUAAGAAAGAGGAAAGAGAAGCUCUCUUUGCAAAUUCAUACCUCUUGAGAGUGACUGAGGCUUUAAAAAAUGAUUCUGAAACUUGUGAGAAAUUUUUAAAGGUGCUUUGCAAACAUCAGUACAGUGCAAGAUCUCCAGUUAAGCUAUACUUUGAAUUGAAAGAAAUUCUAAAAGACUAUCCGGGCCUAGCUGAUGAUUUUAUUGCAUUUUUGCAUCCAGAACAAGCAAAAGAUUGUGGGAAAUACAAAGAAUAUGUAAUACUAAGAAAAAUAAGAGAAUUCCUGCGGAAGAUUGAAAUACAUUUUUCUAAUCAGCCUCAGCAUCUUCUCAAAAUUUUGAAAACAUUUGCCCAAUUAAGAAGGCAAACUGAUCUGACAUCAUCAGUGGUCCUUAAUGCUCUGCAACCAUUAUUAAGAAACCAAAGUCAUUUAAUGGAAGAAUUGUCACAUCUUUGCCCGGAUGCUUCACCACCUGAAUAUUUAAUGACUGAUUUUGAAGACAUCACUAUUCCUAAUACUGAUGAAGACAAUUCUAGCAUGGAUAGUUGUGAAGAACUCGUUAUACCUGAUACACCUGAUCCAUACGGAGGUAAAGAUUGUCCCUGUGAUUGCCACAAAAGUUCAACUGAGACUCGAAUGCUAAACAGAACAAGGCAUUGCAUAAAGUGUGGAAUUAAGUUUUUAGAUGGACGAAUAUAUAUUCAAACUGGAAAAGUUCUUAAACCAGCACAAGUACUGUAUCAUAAUCUCUCUCCUGAAUCAUCUUGUAAAGAAAAAACCAGUGCCACCACACAAAUUUGUUCCAAAAUCCAGCAAACAAGUGAAAUGACAAAUCUAAAAACUUCUGCAGCAGCUGACUUCAACAAUAAACUAGAAACUAAUUCUUCAAAAAAAGAUCUACAAAGAACUAGCUUUACAGAGCAAAGACCUGUACUUCCAUGUUCUGAUGAUACUCUUCCAUCAAGCUCAAAGCUUCCUUGUGAUGUUAUUGAAGAUACAGUUUUUCCUACUGUUACCAACGUUGCUAAUAAAAGUUUACCAUCAGAUUUCAGUCACCUCAGAGAGUUAAUUGGCCAUUCAAAGCAAUUGAAUAAUCAAGAUGAAGGAGCUUCUGAUGAAUCGAAGCAAUUAAGUAAAGAUAACUCUCAGUUAAUCUGUCAAGGCCAGGUGAAAGAAUCUUCUGGUAAGACUGUGAAAUGGAAUAGUGAAGAAGACAAAUUAAUUAUAUACAAUUGUCAGAGGUUUGGAAUAAGUAAAAAAGCAUUCCAGAGUACAGCAAUUACUUUAGAAUCAAGAACUGCAGAAGAGGUGGAAAGCAGAUUCAUUCAUUUAAUGAAGUUCUUAUCUAAAGAAGCUGUAACUCAGUGAGAGAAAAAUGUAUGAAAAAGUAGGAUUCUGAAUUCUGCGUAAUGGAAAUGUAAAUAAUUCUCUGCUGUAUUUAUUCAUUAUAGUUUAAAUAGUAUGUACUAGUCUGAAAAAAUAUUGGUUUAAAAAAUAUUUAAUAAAACCCUCAUGAUUGUUUUAUAUUUUGCUAAAAUCCAGAUGUAAUGUCUCAGCCAGCUAAAUCCUUUAUGUAAAUAUUCUGCAGGUGAUAAUAAUGAUUGUAAGUGAUUUUAUUGAGAUUAAUGAAUAAAAAAAAUUUUUUUUUAA